UCAGAUAGAAAGAGGACCUUUUUCUCCAAGUGGAACAAGCUGACUGGUGGUUCUGUGGGACUGCAUUCUUAUGGGCUUUAUGCUUAUGAUUCUGUUUGGCUGGUUGCUUAUGCUCUUGAUGCAUUUUUUAACCAGGGUGGGAUCAUUUCAUUCUCUAAUGAUUCUAGGAUAAAGUCUGUAGAAAAAGGUGGUAGUCUUCACCUUGAAGCAAUGAGCAUUUUUGAUGAUGGACCGCUCCUGUUGAAAAACGUAUUGCAAAGUACUUUUCUUGGUUUGACAGGUCCUAUUAAGUUUGAUUCAGAGAGGUCUCUUGUUCUUCCAGCAUAUGAUAUUAUUAAUGUACUUGGUACUGGGUUUCGACGAAUUGGUUACUGGUGUAACUAUUCUGGUUUAUCAACUGUUCCCCCUGAGAUGCUCUAUUCAAAGCCACCUAAUCGUUCCAGUGCAAACCAACAAUUAUACAGCGUUAUCUGGCCAGGGGAGACAUUGUCAAAGCCCCGUGGUUGGGUUUUCCCAAACAAUGGGAAGCAACUAAGAAUUGGUGUGCCUCUUCGGGUCAGUUACCGGGAAUUUGUAUCACAGGUUCGGGGAACUGAUAAUAUGUUCAAGGGUUUCUGCAUAGAUGUAUUCACUGCUGCUGUAAACUUGUUACCAUAUGCUGUUCCAUACCGAUUUAUCCCUUUUGGAGAUGGUCAGAAAAACCCAAGCUACAACGAGCUUGUGUAUUCUAUCGCAACGGGCGUCCUUGAUGCUGCUGUUGGUGACAUUGCCAUUGUUACAAAUCGAACGAAGAUUGUGGAUUUUACACAGCCAUAUGCUGCCUCUGGACUUGUUGUAGUGGCUCCAUUUAAAAAAUUGAACUCUAGUGCUUGGGCUUUCCUUCGGCCAUUUACUGCACGUAUGUGGGUUGUCACUGCUGCUUCCUUUCUUGUUAUUGGUAUAGUUGUGUGGAUUUUGGAGCAUAGGAUAAAUGAUGAAUUCAGGGGUCCACCUAAAAAGCAACUUAUAACCAUCUUGUGGUAAGUUCUAUAGUUAAGUAUCUUAUCACGAUAUCUACUAACUUGUACAAACUGUUUUUCUUUUUGACCAACUUGCACCAACUGAUUACCUAGU